UCAUCGGACAAAAGUUUAAAAUUAAAAUCCACAAAAAAUUUAAUGAAAAAUCGUUUCAAAAUGAACAAGUGUUUAUUUAAAUUAAUGGGAAUUAAUGGCGAUGAAUACUAACUUCACCGUUUUAAGCUACAACGAAAGCUUGUUGCGUAAAUCGGACGUGGAUCUAUUGAAGGGGCCUCAUUGGCUCAAUGACACCAUAAUUUCAUUCUAUUUCGAGUACCUAGAGUCGGAUUUCUUCAAGAACAACAAUUCCUACCUCUUUAUCAGUCCAGAAGUAACGCAGUGCAUCAAAAUAUCGCCUCAGCAAGAGCUAAAGGUCUUCCUGGAUCCCUUAAUUAAAGAAAAGAACCCUAACUUUAUAUUUUUCGCUCUCAAUGAUAACGAGCUUACUGAGUACUCAGGAGGGAGUCACUGGAGCCUUUUGGUGUACUCCAGACCAGAAAAAGUAACGUGCCACUAUGAUUCUUCCAGAGGCAGUAACGAAAACCAGGCUCUAGAUUUGGCACAAAAAAUCUUGAAAUAUUUCGGUCUUCACAUUGAAGGACGUUACGAAGAAAUUCCUUGUUUACAGCAGAAUAAUGGGUACGAUUGUGGCAUACAUGUACUGUGUAAUACCGAACAGUUAGCAAGUUAUGCAGGACAUUAUGGUAAAAUUAAAGGCUGUCCCAAGAUAACUGCAGAUCAAGUACAAGCAAAACGAUUGGAGAUAUUAAAAUUAAUCGAGAGGUUAAGCAGGUGAUCAAAUCUUCUCAGGAAAUGUAUUAUAUUAUUCUUAAAAUCGAUUAAACUAAUUUAUUUUUGUA